AUGUUCGGGUCGCCGCCGGCCGGAGCACGGCAGGGCGUUAGCCCCCCGCCGCCGCCGCCGCCGCCGCCGCCGCCAAGGUUCAGGUUCAGGGCCGGUGCGGCGGGCCAGCAGGAGCAAAGGAAGGACGGGGACACCGCCACGGGCAGGAGCUCCGCGCAGGAGUUCAUGCAGCAGCAGCGCGGACACCAACGCCAGCACGGAAACGCGGAGAAUGGCGAGGAAUUGAGCUUUGACGAGCCGGCGAUGGCACCGGUGAACUCGGGGCCGCUUCCCACUCGUCUGGGAACGGGUUUCAGCUUCGGGCAGACGGCGGCGCCUUCGGCAGCGGGCAGUAGGGGAUCGGGGAAGCGCAGGGCCGGCACCCGGAGCCAAGACAAGAAAUUGCCACAGUCCCGCCCCGCCAGGAUGGGCGGCGGCGGCGGCGGCGGCGCAUCUUCCGUUGACGUCGGCCUGCUCCGUAGACAACAGCACCAGCACAUGCAGAAAAUGCAGGAGCCAACGGCACACGGUGGUGGUGGUGUUUUCGCGCCGCCGGGGGGGGGUGCGGCGGGAUCGGGGUUGGCCGGAGGGGCUGGUGUGGGUGUGCCGGCGGUGAACGAGGCGGCCGCUGCCUUCAAGGAGGCGUGGCUGAGGGGCAAAGAGGAGGAGGCGGCGAGGGAUCGUGAGCAAUGGGAGCGCAUGCAGCGCGAAGAGCAGCAGCGGUUACAGGCGGUGGCGAACCUGGAGAGGCUGCGGAAGCGGCACGAGUCCGACAAGGAGAGCGCCCGCCGAACCUAUAUGGAGUCCAAGAGCUUCGAGGCAGCGGCGCUCGAGUACACGACCGCCAUCCGCUCCCUCGAGGACCUCCUGUUCCACAUCAAACUCCACGGGGACGAGCGCGGUAACCGGGGGGAGGGCGCGGCGGACGGCGGGGGCCGGAAGCGCCUGGCGCCCCUCUAUUGGAGCCGGGCGGCCGCCCACAUCAUGAUCGGGAGGUACCGCAGCGCGGUGAAGGACUGCGCCCUGGCUCUCGAGUCGGCCGCGGACUGGGAUCAGGCGUACCCGCGCAUGGGCAAGGCUUUGAUGCUGGCAGGGGACCUGGGUGAGGCCGACAAGGCUUACCGACUAGGCAUCCUACAGAAGACUCCGUUCACCGAGGACGACGUGCGGCGCAACAAGGAGUGCAACCUGGGCAUCGCCAACGUGCACGCCGUCAGGGUCCACGUCGAGAAUGGAAAGGUUGCCCUCAAGAGAUAG